AUGAAUGGGGUAGGGAAAUUAGGGCCUGCAGUCAGAGAAGUUUGUUCAGAGAUCGGGUUACCUAAUCAGGUAGACCCUAAUAACAAUGGUGUCAUUGAGAUAACUAUCCCACGGGGAAUAUCUCCACCAUCAAAUUGGUUAGGAUCUGAGAUGAAUAAUCCGGCUGCGCCCUCGGGGCAACAAAAUGGAGCAGGAGAAGCACCGGCAGCAUACAGCAAUUAUAAUAACCCUGUGAUGGUACCAGGGCACGGGUCAAUACAAGGAGCAGGGCAACAAAAGGAAGAAGGAGGGUUGCUUGCCAGUUUAUUGAAGCUUUUCUGUCUUUGUCUCCAAUCGUAA